AUGCAGCUCAAAGCAACCCUCGCCACCACCCUGGUGUCUCUGUGGGCGCUGGGCGUCGCCGCCGCGCCCCGUCCCGAUCCCAACCCGGCGCCCAAGAAGCACGGCGGCAGCGUGGCCGAGGACUACGACGACUUUGACGACAGCGGCAUCGUCACGGCGCUGUUCAAGGACGCCAACGACCAGGAGAGCCGCGCCGAGUUCAAGAUUGGCAGGUGGGCUUUCUCGGGCUUCGCCCCUUAUCCAAUCCACGUCAUCACCCAGGAGGGCCACAAGGCCGUGUGCACGUACACGGGCCAGACGACGGGGUCGUUCAAGAUUAUGGGCAACGGGUUGCCCCUGCUGCUGCUGCUUGCCUCGCUUUCGCUUUUCUCUUCUCUGGGGAACACGCCUCGACGUCCGCGUCCCGAGAAAAUUGCGCCCGUGAGAAUAGCCAAACAAACAGGAAACAACAUCUUCGUUCCCGCGCCCGUUCGAUUUUGCUCUUGAUCUGGGGGAUGGGCUUGCUCUGGCUGACAAAAACAAUCCUUGGACGGAAACAGAAAGUCAAAGUCACCCCGCCCCAGUCGAUCAAGGAGGUCGACUGCUCCGAGCUUUAAGAAACACAGACACUAGCAAAGAUGCUGUCGAUGAGGGGCGGAGAAGGUUUAGAAUCGCC